CACACAAAGAAAAGAGAAACAAUAAAAAAUAAACAAGAAAACACCAUCUUACAAAACACACUUCAAAAAGCAUUCAAUUCAAAUUCUGAAAACAGAUACGUCUCUGUUUCAAACUCUGUUGAUGAACCAGAGAGACCCCUUUGAUCACUUCCCAGCAUUACUCUAUGGAAAUUCAGACUCAUUGGGGUCUGAAGGGAACACCCAAAUGGAUUGGAAAGAGACCCGUGAUGCUCACAUAUUCGAAUUAGAUCUUCCUGGGCUAACCAAAGAGGAUGUGAAGCUUGAAGUGCAAGAAGCCAGAGUGCUCUGCAUCAGAGCAGAGAAAAAAGAAGAACAAGAAGAAAAAGAAGAGGAAAAAUGGCAUUGUAGGGAGAGAAGGAGCAAUGGUGUGUUCUCGAGGAAGUUCAGGUUACCUGAGAAUGCAAAAGUUGAUGAUGUCAAGGCCUCAAUGCAUGAUGGGGUGUUGACAAUAACAGUGCCUAAGGAUAUGACCAAGAAGAAGCACAAGCACCACAAGAAAGAGGUUCAGAUUUUUGAGGAAAAAGAUGGUGAAGGGGUUGCUCCAAAAGGUAUUGGACGUUUUGUUUGCUGCAAAGCUUAGAACUUCAGAAGUAUUUUAAGUUUGUUCAAAGGUUGUGUUUUGGUUUGCUAUUGUUCUUUUUUCUUCUAUGUAUAAAGUUUAUGGUCUGAAUUUUCCCUUUUUUGUUUUUUAUACUUUGAUUGUAAAAUUGAAAUUCUUCAAAGUUCAGUGGUUAUUGUAAGUGGUCUCUGGUUCAUUAUGUGCUCGAUUUUGAACAAUUAGAGUGUAAAAAAUAAAAAUUAGGGAAGUUUGGUUUGUGUGAUGUAGCCACUUAAAGCGAAAAAAGUAAAAAAUUUCAGGUUGUUUUUUUGGUUUAGAAGCUAUUUGUUCCGAACAAGUGCUUUUAUUUGGUGGUGCAAAAGAUAUUUUUAGUUUUUAGAGAUAUAAAUUAA